AUGUUCCUCUCCCCUCAAAUUCAUUGGAGUCGCUCGCCUCUCACAUCCCCUGUAGCUUCGAGCAAGUCUACCCCAAAGAAAGAUACACAAGCAGGCACACGUGAUGCAUCCGAAUCGAAAAUCGAACUUGGUUCUGCACCUCACCCAGGCACAAAGCGAGACAAUAACGAAUUUGGGUGA